AUGGUUUCGCCCUACCAGGCGCAGGGCCGCUGGCAGCACAGCUCCGGGGGCGAGAUUGAAAUCAAAGUGGAUGGCCCGGAACUCGGCGCCGAGUGUUCGGCAGAUAUGUACUGGGCAAGCUGUGGUGGCUUGCCUGAAGAGACGGGUGCUGUCAUCAAUCACCCCACGGUGGGCAGGCAGACUUUGGAGACCUCGAAGUUCUGCAACGGAGACGGGCUGGACUACUUUGGUUUCAAAGGCAAAAUGGAUGGUGACAAGAUCACCUGGAACAAUGGUGUAGUGUGGACGAAGCAGCUUUGA